AGCGGCGGCGGCUGUGGCUCUGUAGAGGGGCGCGGGCUGCGGGCGCGAUGCUUCGCGAGGAGCCGCGUCCGACGGCUGCGGGGCUCUGAGCCGGGCGGGGCGGGGCCGCCGGGGCCGGGCAUGGAGCGGAGCGCCGGGACGCCGAGCCUCUGGACGUGAGGGGCGCGCCUGGUGCCGGCCCGCGGCGCACCUGAAGUUGCGGCCGGAGGCCAGUGGCGAGCGGACGGCCCAGUGGAGCCCGGAGCCGGCGGCGCGCCGCGGAUGAGCUUCCGAGCCGGCGGGGAGACUCGGAGGCGGCCGGCAAGCGAGCAGGCGGCCCUCGGGGGCCGAUUCGGCGGAGAGCGGAGCCCGAGGCGCAGCGCGGCGCAGCUCAGCACGAGCUCACGGAACCAUGAGGUGCCACGCUGACACUGGCUACCAUGCGUUCUGGCUGUUUGUGCUGAUCUCUGGAUGCUGGGGCCAGGUGAACCGACUGCCCUUCUUCACCAACCAUUUCUUUGACACAUAUCUGCUGAUCAGUGAGGACACACCUGUGGGUUCCUCUGUGACCCAGUUGCUGGCUCGAGACAUGGACAAUGACCCCCUGGUAUUUGGUGUGUCUGGGGAGGAGGCUUCCCGCUUCUUUGCUGUGGAGCCUGACACAGGUGUGGUAUGGCUGAGGCAGCCACUGGACAGAGAGACUAAAUCUGAGUUCACAGUGGAGUUCUCUGUCAGUGACCACCAAGGGGUGAUCACACGAAAGGUCAAUAUCCAGGUCGGGGACGUGAAUGACAAUGCACCCACGUUUCACAAUCAGCCCUACAGUGUCCGUAUCCCUGAGAACACACCGGUGGGGACACCCAUCUUCAUUGUGAACGCCACAGAUCCCGACCUGGGCGCAGGCGGCAGUGUCCUCUACUCCUUCCAGCCCCCCUCCCAGUUCUUCGCCAUUGACAGCGCCCGCGGUAUCGUGACGGUGACCCGAGAGUUGGACUACGAGACCACACAGGCCUACCAGCUCACCGUCAAUGCCACGGAUCAAGACAAGACCAGGCCCCUAUCCACCCUGGCCAACUUGGCCAUCAUCAUCACGGACGUGCAGGACAUGGACCCCGUCUUCAUCAACCUGCCUUACAGCACCAACAUCUAUGAGCACUCUCCUCCGGGUACCACUGUACGGAUUAUCACUGCCAUCGACCAGGACAAAGGACGUCCCCGGGGGAUUGGCUACACCAUCGUCUCAGGGAACACCAACAGCAUCUUCGCCCUGGACUAUAUCAGUGGAGCACUGACACUGAAUGGCCUGCUGGAUCGGGAGAACCCCCUGUACAGCCACGGCUUCAUCCUGACCGUGAAGGGCACUGAGCUGAAUGAUGACCGCACCCCCUCCGACGCCACAGUCACCACCACCUUCAACAUCCUAGUUAUUGACAUCAAUGACAAUGCACCUGAGUUCAACAGCUCCGAGUACAGUGUGGCCAUCACUGAGCUGGCUCAGGUUGGCUUUGCCCUGCCCCUCUUUAUCCAAGUGGUGGACAAGGAUGAGGGCCUGAACAGCAUGUUCGAGGUGUACCUGGUGGGAAACAACUCCCACCACUUCAUCAUCUCCCCCACGUCUGUCCAAGGGAAAGCAGACGUCCGCAUCCGGGUAGCCAUCCCCUUGGACUAUGAGACCGUGGACCGCUACGACUUUGACCUCUUUGCCAAUGAGAGUGUGCCUGACCACGUGGGCUAUGCCAAGGUGAAGAUCACCCUCAUCAACGAGAAUGACAACCGGCCCAUCUUUAGCCAGCCACUGUACAACGUCAGCCUGUAUGAGAAUGUGACUGUGGGGACCUCUGUGCUGACAGUCCUGGCAACGGACAAUGAUGUGGGCACCUUCGGCGAAGUCAGCUACUUCUUCAGCGAUGACCCUGACCGGUUCUCUCUGGACAAGGACACAGGGCUGAUUAUGCUGACUGCCAGGCUGGACUAUGAGCUCAUCCAACGCUUCACCUUGACCGUCAUCGCCCGAGAUGGGGGUGGUGAAGAGACCACCGGCCGGGUCAGAAUCAACGUGCUGGAUGUCAAUGACAACGUGCCCACCUUCCAGAAGGAUGCCUACGUGGGAGCCCUGAGAGAGAAUGAGCCUUCCGUCACACAGCUGGUGCGGCUGCGGGCCACAGAUGAAGACUCCCCUCCCAACAACCAGAUCACCUACAGCAUUGUCAAUGCCUCUGCCUUCAGCAGCUACUUCGACAUCAGCGUGUAUGAGGGCUAUGGAGUGAUCAGCGUAAGCCGCCCCCUGGAUUAUGAACAAAUACCCAAUGGACUGAUUUAUCUGACGGUCAUGGCCAAAGAUGCUGGCAACCCCCCUCUGAAUAGCACUGUCCCUGUGACCAUCGAGGUGUUUGAUGAAAAUGACAACCCUCCCACCUUCAGCAAGCCUGCCUACUUCGUCUCCGUGGUGGAGAGCAUCAUGGCAGGAGCCACAGUGCUGUUCCUGAAUGCCACAGACCUUGACCGCUCCCGGGAGUACGGCCAGGAGUCCAUCAUCUACUCCCUGGAGGGCUCCACCCAGUUUCGGAUCAACGCCCGCUCAGGUGAAAUUACCACCACCUCCCUGCUCGACCGUGAGGCCAAGUCUGAGUACAUCCUCAUUGUACGGGCAGUGGAUGGAGGAGUGGGACACAACCAGAAAACAGGCAUUGCCACAGUGAACAUCACCCUCCUGGACAUCAAUGACAACCACCCCACCUGGAAGGAUGCUCCCUACUACAUCAACCUGGUGGAAAUGACCCCUCCAGACUCUGACGUGACCACGGUGGUGGCUGUGGACCCAGACCUGGGAGAGAAUGGCACCCUGGUGUAUAGCAUCGAGCCUCCCAACAAGUUCUACAGCCUCAACAGCAGCACGGGCAAGAUCCGAACCACCCACGUCAUGCUGGACCGGGAGAACCCUGACCCCCUGGAGGCAGAGCUGAUGCGCAAGAUCAUAGUCUCUGUCACUGACUGUGGCAGGCCACCUCUGAAAGCCACCAGCAGUGCCACCGUGUUUGUGAACCUCUUGGACCUCAAUGACAACGAUCCCACUUUCCAGAACCUGCCUUUUGUGGCUGAGGUACUCGAAGGCACCCCUGCAGGGGUCUCCGUCUAUCAGGUGCUGGCUGUCGACCUGGAUGAGGGUCUGAAUGGGCUGGUAUCCUACCGCAUGCAGGUGGGCAUGCCCCGCAUGGACUUCCUCAUCAACAGCAGUAGUGGCGUGGUGGUCACCACCACUGAACUGGACCGAGAGCGCAUUGCCGAGUACCAGCUGCGGGUGGUGGCCAGCGAUGCGGGCACGCCCACCAAGAGCUCUACCAGCACACUCACCAUCCGAGUGCUGGAUGUGAAUGACGAGACGCCCACCUUCUUCCCAGCUGUGUACAAUGUCUCCGUGUCUGAGGACGUGCCCCGGGAGUUCCGGGUAGUCUGGCUGAACUGCACUGACAAUGACGUGGGUCUCAACGCUGAGCUCAGCUACUUCAUCACAGGUGGAAAUGUGGAUGGAAAGUUCAGUGUGGGCUACCGUGACGCUGUCGUGAGAACUGUGGUGGGCCUGGACCGGGAGACCACAGCCGCGUACACGCUGGUCCUGGAGGCCAUUGACAACGGCCCCGUCGGCAAGCGGCGCACCGGCACAGCCACCGUGUUUGUCACUGUCCUCGAUGUGAAUGACAACCGGCCCAUCUUCCUGCAGAGCAGCUAUGAGGCCAGCGUCCCUGAGGACAUCCCUGAGGGCCACAGCAUUGUACAGCUAAAAGCUACAGAUGCUGACGAGGGCGAGUUUGGGCGUGUGUGGUACCGAAUCCUUCAUGGUAACCAAGGCAACAACUUCCGGAUCCAUGUCAGCAACGGGCUCCUGAUGCGAGGGCCCCGGCCCCUGGACCGGGAGCGCAACUCAUCCCAUGUGCUGAUGGUGGAGGCCUACAACCAUGAUCUGGGACCCAUGCGGAGCUCCAUCAGGGUGAUAGUGUACGUGGAGGAUGUCAACGAUGAGGCCCCUGUGUUCACGCAGCAGCAGUACAGUCGCCUGGGCCUCCGGGAGACUGCUGGUGUUGGCACGUCAGUCAUCGUUGUCCGAGCCACGGACCGAGACACUGGGGAUGGUGGCCUGGUGAACUACCGCAUCCUGUCGGGCGCUGAGGGGAAGUUUGAGAUUGAUGAGAGCACAGGGCUGAUCACCACAGUGGAUUACCUGGACUACGAGGCCAAGACCAGCUACCUGAUGAACGUGUCAGCCACUGACCAGGCCCCGCCCUUUAACCAGGGCUUCUGUAGCGUCUACAUCACUCUGCUCAAUGAGCUGGAUGAGGCUGUGCAGUUCUCCAACGCGUCCUAUGAGACGGCCAUCUUAGAGAACCUGGCCCUGGGCACAGAGAUUGUGCGGGUCCAGGCCUACUCCAUCGACAACCUCAACCAGAUCACCUACCGCUUUGAUGCCUAUACCAGCGCCCAGGCCAAAGCCCUCUUCAAGAUAGAUCCUGUCACGGGUGUGAUCACAGUCAAGGGCCUGGUGGACCGGGAGAAGGGAGAUUUCUACACCUUGACAGUGGUGGCAGACGACGGUGGCCCCAAGGCAGAUUCCACUGUGAAGGUCGACAUCACUGUGCUGGAUGAAAAUGACAACAGCCCCCGCUUUGACUUCACCUCCGACUCAGCGGUCAGUGUGCCUGAGGACUGCUCCGUGGGCCAACGUGUCGCCACCGUCAAGGCCCGGGAUCCUGACGCCGGCAGCAAUGGGCAGGUGGUCUUCUCCCUGGCCUCUGGCAACAUUGCUGGGGCAUUUGAGAUCAUCACCACCAAUGACUCUGUUGGAGAAGUGUUUGUGGCCAGGCCUCUGGACAGAGAAGAGCUGGACCACUACAUCCUCAAGGUAGUGGCUUCAGACCAUGGCACCCCUCCACGAAAGAAGGAUCACAUCUUGCAGGUGACCAUUCUGGACGUCAACGACAACCCUCCAGUCAUUGAGAGCCCCUUUGGGUACAACGUCAGCGUGAAUGAGAACGUGGGUGGGGGUACAGCAGUGGUCCAGGUGAGAGCCACCGAUCGUGACAUUGGCAUCAAUAGCGUCCUGUCCUACUACAUCACCGAGGGCAACGAGGACAUGACCUUCCGCAUGGACCGCAUCAGCGGUGAGAUCAGCACUCGGCCUGCCCCUCCCGACCGUGAGCGCCAGAACUUUUACCACCUGGUGGUCACUGUGGAGGAUGAAGGCACCCCCACUCUUUCGGCCACCACCCACGUGUAUGUGACCAUCGUGGAUGAGAAUGACAACACACCCGUGUUCCAGCAGCCUCACUAUGAGAUCUUACUAGACGAGGGCCCUGACACAAUUAACAGGAGCCUCCUCACCGUCCAAGCACUAGACCUGGAUGAGGGGCCCAACGGCACAGUCACCUAUGCCAUUAUCGCUGGCAAUAUCAUCAAUACCUUCCGUAUCAGUCGACGAACGGGUGUCAUCACUGCCAUCAAGGAGCUGGACUACGAGAUCAGCCAUGGUCGCUACACCCUGAUUGUCACUGCCACAGACCAGUGCCCCAUCCUGUCCCGUCGCCUCACCUCUACCACCACGGUGCUUGUUAAUGUGAACGACAUUAAUGACAAUGUGCCCACCUUUCCUCGAGACUAUGAGGGGCUGUUUGAUGUCACCGAGGGCCAGCCAGGGCCCAGAGUGUGGACCUUCCUAGCCCAUGACCGGGACUCAGGCCCCAACGGGCAGGUGGAGUACAGCAUCGUGGAUGGAGACCCUCUGGGGGAGUUCAUCAUCUCCCCCGUGGAAGGGGUGUUGCGGGUCCGGAAGGAUGUGGAGCUGGACCGGGAGACCAUUGCAUUCUACAACCUGACCAUCUGUGCCCGAGACAGAGGGGUACCCCCUCUCAGCUCCACGAUGCUGGUGGGGAUCCGAGUGCUGGACAUCAACGACAAUGACCCGGUGCUGCUGAACCUGCCCAUGAACAUCACCAUCAGUGAGAACAGCCCUGUCUCCAGCUUUGUCACCCACAUCCUGGCUAGCGACGCUGACAGUGGCUGCAACGCACUCCUCACCUUCAAUAUCACUGCAGGCAACCGGGAGCGGGCCUUCUCCAUCAAUGCCACGACAGGGAUCGUCACUGUGAACCGGCCCCUGGACCGUGAGCGGAUCCCAGAAUACAAGCUGACCAUCUCCGUGAAGGACAACCCAGAAAACCCACGCAUAGCCAGGAAGGAUUUUGACCUCCUGCAUGUCUUCCUUGCGGACGAGAAUGACAACCACCCGCUCUUUACCGAGAGCACCUACCAAGCGGAGGUGACGGAGAACUCUCCCGCUGGGACCCCCCUCACAGUGCUCAAUGGGCCCAUCUUGGCCCUGGAUGCGGACCUGGACAUCUAUGCUGUGGUGACCUACCAGCUGCUAGGCACCCAGAGUGGCCUUUUUGAAAUCAACAACAACACUGGUGUGGUAAUGGUGCGGUCAGGUGUUGUCAUUGACCGGGAGGCCUUCUCAUCUCCCAUCCUGGAGCUGAUGCUGCUGGCUGAGGACAUUGGGCUGCUCAAUGGAACUGCUGACCUGCUUGUCACAAUCCUGGAUGACAAUGACAACCAACCUACCUUUAGCCCUGCUGCCCUCACCAUCCAUCUGCUGGAAAACUGCCCACCAGGAUUUUCGGUCCUUCAGGUGACAGCCACCGACGAGGACAGCGGCCUCAAUGGGGAACUGAUCUACCGAAUAGAAGCAGGAGCUCAGGACCGCUUCCUCAUCCACCCAGUCACUGGAGUCAUCCGUGUUGGCAAUGUCACCAUUGACAGGGAGGAGCAGGACUCCUACAGGCUCACAGUCAUAGCCACCGACCGGGGAACUGUCCCUCUCUCGGGCACAGCCAUCAUCACCAUCCUCAUCAAUGACAUCAAUGACUGCCGCCCUGAGUUCCUCAAUCCCAUCCAGACGGUGAGCGUGCUGGAAUCAGCAGAGCCUGGCACUGUCAUUGUCAACGUCACUGCCAUCGACCGGGACCUCAACCCAAAGCUGGAGUAUCACAUCAUUGGCAUCAUGGCCAAGGACGACACUGACCGCUUGGUGCCGGACCAGGAAGAUGCUUUUGCUGUGAAUAUCAACACAGGGUCUGUCAUCGUGAAAUCUCCCCUGAAUCGGGAGCUGGUUGCCACCUACGAGGUCACUCUUUCUGUGAUUGACAAUGCCAGUGACCUACCAGACCGUUCUGUCAGCGUGCCAAAUGCCAAGCUGACAGUAAAUAUCUUGGAUGUCAAUGACAAUACACCCCAGUUUAAGCCCUUUGGGAUCACCUACUACACAGAGAGGAUCCUGGAGGGAGCCACCCGCGGCACCACACUCAUUGCUGUGGCAGCCGUGGACCCCGACAAAGGCCUCAAUGGGCUGAUCACCUACACCCUGCUGGACCUGAUGCCUCCAGGCUAUGUCCAACUGGAAGACUCCUCAGCAGGGAAGGUCAUUGCCAACCGGACAGUGGACUAUGAGGAGGUGCACUGGCUCAACUUCACUGUGAGGGCCUCGGACAAUGGGUCACCACCCCGAGCCGCUGAGAUCCCUGUCUACCUGGAGAUUGUGGAUAUCAAUGACAACAACCCCAUCUUCGACCAGCCCUCCUAUCAGGAAGCUGUCUUUGAGGAUGUGCCUGUGGGCACUGUCAUUCUGACAGUUACUGCUACUGAUGCUGACUCAGGCAACUUUGCCCUUAUUGAGUACAGCCUUGGGGACGGAGAGGGCAAGUUUUCCAUCAACCCAACUACAGGUGACAUCUAUGUGCUGUCCUCUUUGGACCGGGAGAAGAAGGACCACUAUAUCCUGACUGCCUUGGCCAAAGACAACCCUGGAGAUGUAGCCAGCAACCGUCGAGAAAAUUCUGUACAGGUGGUGAUUGAGGUGCUGGAUGUCAACGACUGCCGACCUCAGUUCUCCAAGCCCCAGUUCAGCACGAGCGUGUAUGAGAAUGAGCCAGCAGGCACUUCAGUCAUCACCAUGAUGGCUACUGACCAGGAUGAGGGAUCCAACGGGGAGCUGGUGUACUCACUGGAGGGUCCUGGAGCGGAAGCCUUCCACGUGGACAUGGACUCAGGCCUGGUCACCACAAAGCGCCCGCUGCAGUCCUACGAGAGGUUCAACCUGACCGUGGUGGCCACAGAUGGUGGGCAGCCCCCACUCUGGGGAACCACCAUGCUCCUGGUAGAGGUCAUCGAUGUCAAUGACAACCGCCCUGUCUUUGUGCGCCCACCCAAUGGCACUAUCCUCCACAUCCGAGAGGAAAUCCCACUGCGGUCCAAUGUGUACGAGGUCUAUGCCACAGACAAGGACGAAGGCCUCAACGGGGCGGUGCGCUACAGCUUCCUGAAGACCGCAGGCAACAGGGACUGGGAGUCCUUCACCAUAGACGCAGUCAGCGGCCUCAUCCAGACCGCACAGCGCCUGGACCGGGAGACGCAGGCGGUGUACAGCCUCAUACUGGUGGCCAGCGACCUCGGCCAGCCGGUGCCAUACGAGACUAUGCAACCGCUGCAGGUAGCCUUGGAGGACAUCGAUGACAAUGAGCCUCUCUUCGUGAGACCUCCAAAAGGCAGCCCCCAGUACCAGCUGCUGACAGUCCCUGAACACUCACCACGUGGCACCCUUGUGGGCAAUGUGACAGGUGCAGUGGAUGCUGACGAGGGCUCCAACGCCAUCGUGUACUACUUCAUUGCAGCUGGCAAUGAAGAGAAGAACUUCCACCUGCAGCCUGAUGGGCGUCUACUGGUAUUGCGUGACCUUGACCGAGAACUAGAAUCCAUCUUCUCCUUCAUUGUCAAGGCCUCAAGCAAUCACAGCUGGACACCGCCCCAUGGACCCUCCACAGCCCUGGACUUGGUCUCUGACCUCAGCCUGCAGGAAGUGCGCGUGGUGCUAGAGGACAUCAACGACCAGCCACCCCGUUUCACCAAGGCCGAAUACACUGCAGGAGUAGCCACUGAUGCCAAGAUGGGCUCCGAGCUGAUCCAAGUGCUGGCCCUCGAUGCAGACAUUGGCAACAAUAGCCUCGUCUCCUACAGUAUCCUGGCCAUCCACUAUUUCCGGGCCCUCGCCAAUGACUCUGAAGAUGUGGGCCAGGUCUUCACCAUGGGGAGUGUGGACGGUAUCCUGCGCACCUUUGACCUGUUCAUGGCCUACAGCCCCGGCUACUUUGUGGUAGACAUUGUGGCCCGGGACCUGGCGGGCCACAACGACACGGCCAUCAUUGGCAUCUACAUCCUGAGGGACGACCAGCGCGUCAAGAUUGUCAUCAAUGAGAUUCCUGACCGCGUGCGCGGCUUCGAAGAUGAGUUCAUCCACCUGCUCUCCAACAUCACUGGGGCCAUCGUCAACACGGAUGAUGUGCAGUUCCAUGUGGACAAAAAGGGCCGAGUGAACUUUGCACAGACAGAACUGCUCAUCCACGUGGUGAAUCGCGAUACCAACCGCAUCCUGGACGUAGACCGGGUGAUCCAGAUGAUCGAUGAGAACAAGGAACAGCUGCGAAAUCUUUUCCGGAACUACAAUGUCCUGGAUGUGCAACCCGCCAUCUCUGUUCGGCUGCCAGAUGACAUGUCUGCCCUGCAGAUGGCGAUCAUUGUCUUGGCCAUCCUCCUGUUCCUGGCUGCCAUGCUCUUCAUCCUCAUGAACUGGUACUACAGGACCAUGCACAAACGGAAACUCAAAGCCAUUGUAGCCGGCUCAGCAGGGAACCGUGGCUUCAUCGACAUCAUGGACAUGCCCAACACCAAUAAGUAUUCCUUUGAUGGGGCCAACCCCGUGUGGCUGGAUCCUUUCUGUCGGAAUUUGGAGCUGGCUGCCCAGGCAGAGCAUGAGGACGACCUGCCAGAGAACCUGAGUGAGAUCGCAGACCUGUGGAACAGCCCCACCCGUACCCACGGAACUUUUGGACGUGAGCCAGCAGCCGUCAAGCCCGAUGAUGACCGGUACCUGCGUGCAGCCAUCCAGGAGUAUGACAACAUUGCCAAGCUGGGCCAGAUCAUACGAGAAGGACCCAUCAAGGGCUCGCUGCUGAAGGUGGUCCUGGAGGAUUACCUGCGGCUCAAAAAGCUCUUUGCACAGCGGAUGGUACAAAAAGCCUCCUCCUGCCAUUCCUCCAUCUCUGAGCUGAUCCAGACUGAGCUGGAGGAGGAGCCAGGGGAGCGCAGUCCAGGCCAGGGCAGCCUGCAUUUCCGCCACAAGCCACCAACAGAGCUCAAGGGGCCUGACGGGAUCCACAUGGUGCAUGGCAGUACAGGCACCCUCCUGGCCACUGACCUCAACAGCCUGCCUGAGGAUGACCAGAAGGGCCUGGGCCGCUCACUGGAGACGCUGACGGCCGCUGAGGCCAGUGCCUUUGAACGCAAUGCCCGCACAGAAUCCGCCAAAUCCACACCACUGCACAAGCUUCGAGACGUGAUCAUGGAGAGCCCCCUGGAGAUCACAGAGCUCUGACUAGACAGGGGAGCCUCACUGGUGUGAGCAGUGCCUGCCCCUUGCUCCCUUCCAGAGCAGGAAGAAUAAGGGCAGGGGCAGGACCCCUGGGGACCAGCCCCUCCUGUGGACAGGUGGUCUGGGGCCCUCAUCAGCUGCUCAGAUCCAUUCUGCCAGACACUCAUUCAGCAUCUGAUCUCUACCUUCAUAGAAUUUGUUAUUUUUUUAAGAAAACCAAACAAAAAUGUUAAGUGUCUAAGGACAAGGUAAGGAAGGCCACUGGGGGCCCAGGAGUCUGAGCUGAAAGAGGUUAAACAGGCUCUCUUCCCCUCCACACCCCGCCACCUUCCUCUAAACAGCACAGUUCAACUCCGUGGGAUGAGUUCCAGUGAUCCCUGCCUGGCCUUGAUGCCCAUCCUUUAAGUCCCACUGCAUUUCUGCUGCUGCCCUGGCUGCACGGUCAGGUGGGGCAGUGAGUGAUCCCUACCUCCCCACACGGACAGGUCAAUGUCAGCUGACAGCAUUCUCUCCAUUUCACUGGCUUCCCGAAUGUGUCCAGCUCCUAGACACACAACUGAUGUUCCCUUGGGUUUUGAAUAUGGAGUGUUUGUGUAUAUUCCUUUUUUUUUUUUUUCUUAAUUUAUUCCCUUACUCUUCCCCUUUUGGUUUUGUUCAACUGGUACUCACUAAAUGUUUCUGGAAUGGUCUGAAUUUUAAAAAGAAAAGCUACUUACAAGGAA